AUGUUGAUGAAGCGUAUUGACGAGCGCUGCUGGCGACGACGACGACGACGGACGAUGGGGACGGGGACGGUUUCCGUCGGCCGCCGCCACCAGCCGGUGGUGGUGGGUCACUUGUUGAUUGCCCUCCUGUGUCUCGCCGCCAGCGCCGCUCCCCGCGUGGCCAGCAGUGCCAUCCCGUCGGCCUCCUUUCCGCCCAACAAUGGGCUCGCCGCCAACAGUGCCUCACCGGGUGGUGCUGACGGUGGUCCGCGAACGCGGGCUCUCCCGUCGUCUUGCGUCGCGGUACACCCGAUUCUGAAGGCGCGCGGCGUCGAGCAGAUCGAUAUGCCGAUCGAUCCGAUUCCAGAUCUGACGCUGCGUCACUGUGAGGUGCCGGCCGGCGGAGGAACCUGCUGCACGCAGACCACCGAGCACAAGCUCGCCCUGCACUCCAAGACGAUGCUCGAGCGCAACACCAAAGACAAUAUCUCCAAGCUCUCGUCCGUGCUCGGGGCCCGGGCCGUCCGGUUCAAUGAGUUCUUUUCCAAGCUGCUGACCGAAUCGAAGCACGAAUUUCACGCCAUGUUCAAACGAACGUACGGCACGAUCUACGAACAGAACUCGUACGUCUUCGCGGACCUGUUCGGCGAACUGGAACGCUACUACGCCCAGGGGAAGGUCGAUCUGUCCGAGACGAUGGACCACUUCUUCAGCAUACUGUUCCAGAAGAUGUUCACCGUGCUCAACGCUCAGUACUCGUUCGACAACAAGUACUUGGGCUGUGUAAGCGAACACAUGAAGGAACUGAAACCGUUUGGCGACGUACCGGACAAGCUGUCGGUGCAGAUCAAGCGAUCGUUCGUGGCGACGCGGACCUACGCCCAAGCGCUAGCGUCAGCCGCUGAAGCGGCCAAGAAUAUGGUCAACGUGCGACUCUCGGCCGAGUGUACGGCCGCCCUGACCAAGAUGAGCACCUGCAAUGUGUGCGCCGGCCAAACGCGGAAGCCGUGCGAACCGUACUGUCUGAACGUGGUGAAGGGUUGCUUCCAGAGCUACGAAGAGGUCAGCACCGAGUGGGACACGUUCGUCGGCAAGAUGGAGCGCGUCUCGGAGCGGCUGCUAGGACCGUUUAACAUCGUCAUGGUGGUGGCUCCGAUCGACAUUAAGAUAUCCGAAGCCAUCAUGAACUUUCAGGAGAACGGUAAGGACAUAUCGGAGCGCAUCUUCCACGGCUGUGGCAAGCCAUCACUCGGACGCAUGAGACGCUCGAGUGAACCAUCGGGGGCGGCGGUGCCAAGCGUAUUCGCCGAUCCUCAUCCGCAUCUGUUAACCGCUCAUAAUCCGCCCCGGCCGGAUCAGGUGCUACCAUUAGUGGAGCAACGAGACCGCCGAUCGGUUGCGCCAGCAGCUGAUGAGGAGUCUUCCGAUUCGGACUCCCAGUUCACCUUCGAAGAAGAGGGCGAAGACAACGGCGGUGACAACAAGGAUGCUGCGGGCGAGGAGGAAAAACACGUCAACAAACGGUCCACUGGCAGUGGGGCCGCUGAUUCGACUAGCCAGGAGUUAAAGUACGAACCCCUACAGUUCUCCGACGGCGAUGUACAGUUCACCAACAGCAACGGGCCGCCGAUGGGUGGCCUGCCCAACCAUCACCCAGCGGGCGAUGCGAGCGGCGGCGGCGGCGGCGGCAGUGGUCGUCCCAGUCGUCGCAAGAACAAAAAUGGCCGCAAGCCAUCGACGGAGCAGGACGAGCAGGACAAUCAGGAGCCGAUGAUUGAUCGGUUGGUGAAGGACAUCCGGCAAAAGGUGCGCGACUCGAAGCGCUUCUGGGCCCAGCUGCCGUACAUGCUGUGCAGCAACGAGGAGAUUGCGGAACAGAAAAUAAACGAGGACACUUGCUGGAACGGCACCGCGAUCGACCGCUACCGGCCCAUAGUUCCUCCCGGUGAUCCAAGCUAUAAUCCUGAGUUCUCCAACAGGGUGUAUCAGACGAGACCGAGUACCGUCGUGCAGCAGCAGCUUUUUGUGCUACGUACGGCCAUCAACCAUCUCGGUAACGCGUACGUUGGCCACGAUGUAGAGUGGACGGAUCAAGAGGACGGCUACUAUGGCAGCGGGUCUGGACAGGGCAGCGAAGACUAUGAAGAUAGUACCGGGUCGGGCAUGGGACUGUGGGAAAUUGAUCUGCGGAACGAGCGCCGGCCCGGUUCCAUUGACAUUGCCACGUCGGCUAUUAAUGUUGACGGAGUCACGGUGGAUGGCAGCAGCAGUGGCGGCACUCUCGGCGGUGAUAACGGGCGGGACCAGCCAAGCAACGAGCUAGACUACACGGGCUCCCGUUCCGGGCUGCCGAAUGUAUCGGGCGGACCUGGCAGCACCGGCACCGGUACGUCGUCGGAUGCGACCGGUUCCCACAAAACGCCCGAGAUGUCCAUCGAGCGUGCCCUGCUGCAGUUCUUCUUACCAAUCGUGAUGGCGUGGUUCGGUGGUCUGUUUGCUGAUUUGCUGUGAUUUGUUCUUCACUCAUCGUCUAGCUUGUAAGGACG